AAAAAUUCUCCUGAUUGCAAAUCAUAAAACAUAAUUUGACCAGAUCGUUACAUAUAAUAAAUCUAAAUCACUAUCCUUUCUAUUAAUUUAAAAAUGAUAAUAUAUAAACAACAAUCGCCGUUACUAAUAAGUUGCUAGCUUCUCGCAUUUCACACAAAAAGUAAAGGAGAGAAGAACGAUCUGGCGGCCAAUUCGCGAUCCGCCGUUGGAUCUCUCACCAUGUCACUCUCCAGACUACACAAAUUCAAACUGUUCGCGGCAAAUCGCAGCUUGGAGGCAUCCGCCGCCGGUAACCCCUCAAUGAGCCCGACGAAAAGUCCUGUGUUUCAUCUCCACCGACGCAAAACCCUGCGGAUGUUGUUCGAAAAGAGCUCCGACAGCCGCAGACGGAAUCUCCGUCAGAUCCUCGAAGAAUCGCCGGAGCUGGAUGGAAACUCCGGGAAGAAGAAGAGGGGAAACCACCGUGCGAGGCGUAAGUUGAAAGAGCUGAUGGUCACAUCGCCGUCUCCGCCGUUUAGUGGUGGGGAAGAGAUAGGCGGCGGCGGAGAAGCGAGGGGCGGGACUUCGUCGGUUGCUGGCGGCGACGUUACUUCUAACGGUGACGGGAGAGAGUUAAUGACUCGACGAUUCGGUCCUUCCGGUCCGGUUCAGUCAUUUCGGUUAAGGAUUUUGAGAAAACCUUGGCGACCAGUCCUGGUUUCGAUUCCUGAGCAAUGAAAAGUUGAAAACUUGUUUAUCCUUCUUUUCCUAAUUAAAAGGCGCAUUAGACAAAGAUGACUGCUUUUUUUUGCGUUUGUUUUCUUCAUAUAGCUUUUCUUUUCUUACAAACAUAUAAAAUGUUUAUGGUUGGAUGUUAUUGUUAUGAUGAAAUGUUAUAGUUAAUAUGUCAUAUAGUCACAUUUCCCCAUGGCCGCUUCUGUGUUCUAACCGCGAUUGUAAGAUUUGCAUGAUAUGAUGUAAUCUUUAAUUAUCUUAACAUUGAGAGAUUGUGAAUAUAU